CACCCAACAAUCACACUCGCAUUCCUAGAGCGACACAGACUGUCUUCCCCCAUCGCAAGCGCAGCAUCAGCAUCACAUACACACACUCCCCCAACGACAUGCACCGCGCCUGCCUUCCCUUCUUCCCACAUUCCUGCGUCUCCGGCCGGUCCAGCGCUCCACAUUCCAUGCACGUCACCACAUUGGCAUGCAUACGCUUUCCCUGCCGCGCUGCUGUGCUACGCUGCGCAAUCUCACGACACGAAGACCUUCCCGAUACGAUAUGAUACCUUCCACUUGCAUGCAUGCGCGCGACUGCGACAACGCGCCCCUCCCCCCACCUUUCCUAAUAUCUUAUGACUUGCGAAUACCCCCCCAUUACGAUUGCGUUGCUUCUACUUCUGCUUCUAUCCGGAUAUUCAUGCGGCUAUCCCCACUUUGCUGUACUUUACUUUUCUUCACUUUACGAUGCUGCACUCAACUGCUGCACUAUCCUUCAGUCGCUAUCAGCACGAUUAUCUCACACAUAUACACUACUCGCCGUCUACAUCCACGACCUCGACCUCGACCUCGACCUUCCCUCUCCCUCGUCUCAUCUCAUCUCGGUACUUCCCUUCCUUUUCGCUCAGCGGAGUCGGAGCUUGGUGUUGGUUAUUUGCUGGGUCACGGACACGGACACAUGGGCCAGGGCGUUUUUGGCUUGAUGAUUUGGCAUGGAACGCAUAGGAUAGGAUAGGAUAGGAUAGGAUAGGUUAUGGUAUGGUACAUUAUGAUGUGCUUAUACUAGCUGGGCUGGAUCGGGACUGCACUAUUUCGGUUAAUAUCAUGGGCGUGGAGGUCUCUUUUCUAUUGCAUGGGCGUUGCUUUUCUUUGUGAGUAGGUAGGUGUAUAGGAUGAAUGAAAAGUUUAUAU